AUGGUUAUGAGUCUUAUGACCAUUAACUCCCUUCUCACACCCACCGCAUCUUGCCCAAACCCAUCGUCACCUAACGGUCCUAACCGUACCGUAGCCUUCACCACACCGGAAUACAACUACGCUUCACGACUCUCUCUCCUCCUCCACCAGCACAACUUCAUCCCCCUCUCCUGUCCUACCGUCAUCGUCGGUCCCACUUCCUCCACCAAAUCGUCUCUCCUCCAGCAGAUCUCUCUCCUUCACCGCUUCUCCGCCAUCGCAUUCACCUCUCGCUCCGGCAUCUCUGCCUUCUUCACCGCCCUUUCCGAAUCUCCUUCUCUUCCUCACUCUUUUUUCCCCGCCGGAGAAGAAUUCAUCAUUGCCGCUCUUGGAAAAGACGCCGAGCUCCUCACUCCGGAGAUUAUCUCCAAGCUAUCCCCUAACUCGAACCGAGUUAGAAUCGUCCUCCCUUCCAACCCCACCCCGAGUGGACUCGUCGACUCUCUCGGUCCUGGACUUGGCCGUCAAAUACUCUGCCCCGUUCCUCUCGUUUUGGGCCUUAAGGAGCCUCCCGUUGUACCGGAUUUUCUAAGAGAUUUGAGCUCCAUGGGUUGGGUUACUGUUCGGGUGAAUGCAUAUGAGACGAGAUGGGCCGGGCCCAAAUGUGCGGAGAAGUUGAUAGAAGUGGAUAAUUUGGAUGGGCUUGUUUUCACGAGUACAUCGGAAGUUGAGGGUUUGUUAAAGAGCUUAAAGGAAUAUGGACUGGACUGGGAUGGGAUGAGGAGGAGAUGGCCUGGGCUUAUUGUUGCGGCCCAUGGGCCGGUUACGGCUUCAGGGGCUGAAAAGUUAGGAGUUAGAGUUGAUGUGGUGAGUUCUAAGUUUAGUAGCUUUGAGGGAGUAGUUGAGGUUUUGGAUAAUAAUAUUUGGAGGAAUUCUAACAUUUAUUGA